GUCUUAAUAAGAUAUGUAAUAUACAAUUUUUUCAUUACCCAAUUUCUCACAAUCGGAAUCUCAAUAAAAAAAGACGUUUAGUUUCGAACGUGAAAUGGAACGUUUUAUAACGGUCGUCGCCCAUCGAUCGAUCAGCAGGGGUCAGGGGGUGCGUCUGCGUCUGGGUAGUAAUAAUAAUUUACGCGCGCGCGCAUUCAUCGUUUUACCCUGUUGUGUAACUUUAUCCCCUACUUUACGAUACGAUCACCUUACCUGCGUGCCGCGCGGCCGCGGUCGUUAUUUCAUUUUGAGAUUGGAGAGCGAACGUUGACGGUUAAAUAUUUUAUUUAGAAUUUUGUAAGUUCGUUAUUUAUGAAUAAUAAAGGAAUUUUUAAAUUUAACUUAAUUUAAAUUGUUAAUAAUGUUUUCAAAAGCAAAGCGGUUUGAACCACUCGCACCUGGGUCCACUAAAAAGUGUCAGAGUCAGAAUAAACCAACUAAACCAGAAAAUGAGAAACAAAAGGUUAAUACAAAAGCUGCCAGUACAGCGGUGAAACCAAAACCAUUUGUUAUACCAACAUCUUCCAAGAUCCAUUCUGAUGUGCAAUCUCAAUGCAGCUCCGUACACAGUGUCCGGUCAUUUGCCACUCCAAAACCAUUAAAAACAACAUGUACAAUCAAAGCUCCUAGUAGCUUGAAGAAAAAGAAUGACCAAACAAAUUCUAAGAUCAAGAAUGAAACUGAAAAAGAACUAAUUAAAUCACAGGAAGUAGAAAUAAGGAAUAAGGAUCACACCAUUGCUGAAUAUACAAAACAAAUUGAAGAAUUCAAACAAACUAUUGCUCAACUGGAAAAAGAAGUAAAAGAAGUGCGACAAAACAACUUGAACCACUUGGACAGACAAUUUUCACAGAUCACAAUAGAAGAUUUGGAGCUGCAACAAGAUCAAAUAGAAACAGUAGUACAAAAUGGAGAUAACUAUUUAAUUAAUCAAAUGAAUAACAAAAUAUAUGAAUUGGAGAAACAAUGUCAAAAAUUAGAACAAGAAGUCACUGAUAAGCAAUUAGCACUGAGAUCUGUUGAAGAAAUUAUCACUAUUAGAGACAGUUUAUGUCAGGACCUGCAACUAAAAUUAACAAAGGCUGAAACAGAUUUAGAGGAAACUAUUCAAAGACUUGAAAUGGUAAAAGGACACCAUGCUCUAGCUUUGGAAGCAAAUGAGAGCAUCCGACGCGAAUACAAGGUAGAGCUGGAAACUUUAAAAUCCAAGUUGGAAGAGGAAAAGCAAACAAUAAUAAACAAGUCAAAGUCAGACCAAGAAAAUCUGAAAUCAAAUUAUAAAUCACUUAUAGAAUCAAUUAAAAAUCAAAUGCUCAAAGAAAAAGAUGAGGCACUGCAGGAGCUCCAACAUGAAUUAAUCAGUAAGGAUAAUGAAAUGAAAGCUAAAAUAGAACAAAUCAACGAAGCGACUCGGGAAAAGUUACGACUUUGCGAGAUACAGUUUGAAGAACGGACUAGAAGCAUUCAGGAUGAUUGCACACAACAGCAGAUCAAAAUUGAAUACCUUGAAAAUGAAGCAAGAGACUUGAAGUACAAAAUUACUAUAAUAAGUGAAGAAAAAAUGAGCCUCCAGAAAGAAAUGAAUAGUCUGAAAGUCGAAAAUGAGUCGUUAAACAAAGAAAAACAGAUUCUCGUUGAAGAAAGAGAUGAGUUGAAAGAGGAUGCUAAGAAGAGGCUCAUAGAUUUUGACAAUGAAAAAAAUAAACUAACAGUUGAAGUGGACAAGGCGAUAAAGGAUAAGAACAAAUUUGAAACAUCUCUGUCUGUAACUAGAGACAUUGUUGAAGUUUUGACUAUGAGGUUGAGGGAAUCUGAUAAUGAGUUGGAACACUUGGAAGAUAAAGUACAAACACUAAUGAAUACAAAGGAAAUUUUGGAAAAUGAACUCGAAAACUAUAAGACCACUCUAAACAACACUGCAAUGGAAUGCAAUGAGUACAAGGAGGCUUUAGUAAAUAUAUUAAAAUCCAAAGCAGCUUUAGCUAAGGAGCACAAUCGCAUUAUGGAACACAAUGUUUCAUUGAUAGAAAGCUUACAAAACGUAGAAAAAGAAGCUUAUCGUGAACUAGGGACUAUCAAGAAUGAGCUGAUAGAAGAUGUAGAACUGUUGAAAAAAGAGUCAAAUUCGCAAAUUCAAUUACUUCGUGAAGAGGUGGAGAAGAAACGCAAGCUAUGUGAGUUGGCUACUGAACAUGCAGGGCAGGCCACAGUUGCAGCUGAGCAGUCACGAGUACUGCUUGCACAGGCCGCAGCCGAAAUCAACCGGCUUGAGACUGAAAACCAAUGCUUACAACAACAGAUUCAAGAUCAGCAGUCGCUAGUGGUUGAGUUAUCGCUGCUACGUCAAGAAAACGAGGAGUUAACAAUGACGGUAGCUAAACAGUCCUCAAUUAUUGAUAAAAUGAAGAAAGACUCUGAACAGUUACAGUACAAACCUAAAUCACCUUCGGUACUACGAAAGGCGUCCAAAAUUGGAAAAGAAAAUUUGCAGACCAUUAUAUCACCACUACGUGAACGUAAUCAUUGACACGAAUUAGAACCAGCCUCGUUAUAUUUUAGUGACCUUAUUAUUUGACGAAUUGUUAUAUGUAUCAAUCAAAUUUGAAAUUGUUUUUGAGAUUGUUAUACUAUUUAAAAAAAAAUGUUCAUUAUGAAAACAAUGUUGAAUUUUGCACGAAAAACCAAAAAACGGUAAUUUAUUCAUAAUUCUAAUUAGGUUGUUCUAUUUAUUUAUAUUUAAGUUUUUCGACUCGAUUUGUUUAAUCUUUUGCUGACGACCGCAUAGGGCUUGGCAACGAGAUAUACCUACCACUUGUUUUUUUUUAAUUAUUAAAUACAUUGGGUCCUUAUUACAAUCACGUAAAAUUUUAUUAUCUAGUGUGUCAUGUCUCGUUGGCGUUGCUCCUCGUGUUAUCUAAAGCGGAUACAUCUACUAUUUAUUAUAGUGUUUAGUAAAUAAAACUAUCCAAAGAUCACACAA